AUGUCAUCAAACGCAUCUUGUAUCUUUUGUAAAAUCAUUAAAGGAGAAAUUCCUUCUCUUAAAUUAAUCGAAACUAAACUCAGCUACUCCUUUUUGGACAUUCAACCAACUGCCGAAGGGCACAUCUUGGUCAUCCCAAAGUAUCACGGUGCCAAAUUGCACAACAUUCCAGAUGAGCAUUUGAGUGAUAUCUUGCCCGUGAUGAAGAAAUUGACCAGAGCAUUGAAAUUGGACCAAAACAAUACCCCUGAUGGUGAAGGCUACAACAUCUUGCAGAAUAAUGGAAGAAUAGCUCAUCAAGUUGUUGACCAUGUGCACUUUCAUUUGAUACCCAAGAGAAACGAUGAAGAAGGAUUGGGCGUUGGCUGGCCAGCACAACCUACAGAUUUUGAGAAAUUGGGCAAAUUACAUGAACAAUUGAAAAAAGAGUUGGAAACUGCUGCUGAGAAUGAAAAGUUGUAA